UAUGAUUAUUUUUAGUAUUAUUAGCAUUAUUAAUAUCAUUAUUAUUAUCUUCUAUUUAUAUUGCGAUAACAUUGUUAUUGUUGUUUUAUGGCCACGGUAAUCAAAAUGCUGCUCUGAUUCUAAAAAUAUACAUUUUCUAUUAGCCUUAAAUAUAUUCAAUACUAGCCAAAUGUCCACCACCAUUGUCCAUAUAGCCUGUACACUCUUAUAACUUAGCACCACAUCUGUCCUUUGUAUUACAGCAUGCCCUUUUAAAGCCUUACCAUAAUCAUUAGCUCCUUGGUAAUCUUCAGUCUAAAAAGACGAGUACAUUUCCAUGUGUUGUUGAUGUUGCUGAAUUGGUCAGUCAGCUGUGUUAGAGAAGGUCCGAGAGAUUGCAGGACACUAAGAUAGUACCCCCUCCUCUGCUGUGGCCCUCUGAGCUGCCAACCCAAAAUAGACAGUGUUGUUGCCGACAGCAAGUAGGUCAGAAGGUUUCCCUGGUCAGGACAGUGUUAACUUGUAAUCUAAGACAUGAUAGAGACAUACAUUGAAUUAUAUUGAUAUUCUUUAUUAGAUUUAUUGGGAUUAUGUUGUACUUAGUGAGUAAAGUAAUGUUACAUGUUGUUUGCCUCAGUCACGUAUGUGCAACUCUGGAAGGACUGAAAUGAAACAUUGCUUCGAGUUCGGAUUCAGAUUUCAUGACGGCACUCUCUUAAAGGCCCAGUGUGCUCUCUGCCCACAUGUUGCAAUAAUCACACAUUGUCCAUUAAGUUUGAGAAAUGUUUUGCACCAACCAAAAGGAAGUUUAUAUACUCAAUGUAUUAUUUUUUAAAGAAAUUAUUGUAGGCCUUGGUACAGAGCAAGUAUGUAAAAAAUAUCUAACGAUUACGUAAAUAUCAGUUUGUAGAAUAGAGCGGAUACAGAGACAUUUUACCAAUGAAGAAACAACAACUGGGUUCCAUAGCCAUAGUUAUUAAACAUAUAGGAGAAUUAUUGAAAAGCAUGUGUGUUGUAUACAUACAUACACACAUACUACUUGGACUUCUUUUUUUUGUUUCAGAUGUUUUCCAUGAGCAAUGCAUUGAGUAUAAGGAGACUUUUCAUGCUUCAUUACCUCCAUUUUUGCAAGUGAAUGGGAAAAAAACUGGAAGGAUGUGAACAUGCCUGUCAAACAUCCAUUGACUCACCAGAGUUAAUAUUUGUCCUCUUUAACACCAUAAUUACAUCCUUAGUGUUGGGGAAACCUCUGUGGUGCAAUGCAGACUCAAAAGGAGACACGAGGAGAGCUGGAGCUUUGAUGUCAAACACUGAUGGUUUAUUUGGAGUAUUGGCCAGAGAAUUCACAAAGCAUGUCCAGAACCAGAGGUCUGACUACACGGUAGAGUUGCCAUAAUCAAUUCUGAAGCGCCUCUUUCUGGAUAGACCUUUUAACUAUAGUUUGGAGGAGAGUAAUCAACAUUCUUGACUAGAUAGACUAAACAGAUGGGGAUACUGAAUUACUUGCAACUGACGCUUAUGGCCUCGAAGAUUUCACACCUUGGAGUCAACAAGCCCCAAAAAGGAAGCGUUCCUUUUGUCCCCAUAACAAUAAACUAUGUUUGACCGAAAGGUGCCUGGUCAUAAACUGGCAACAACAACAUAUGGCUGAAGCAGCCCCAUCCUUAAUUAAGGGAGAUAACAGAUGCCAAGGCUGGUCAUCUGUGUCAGAGGGCAAAGGAGAAUUUUUCCCCAACAGUUAGCUUUUUCCAACCUAACAUCCUCCUUUAGUUAACCAUUAGGCAAUAUGGUGUACAUAUGCACAAUUGUUCUUGUGACAGACGAACAGGAGCAUCAGUAGUAAAGGGUAAGAAAAGUUGCAAAGAUUCAGACCAAUGGACUCACGCAGAUUUGGGAAAUACAUUGUGGAGCGGGAGGUGCUGGAUGAGCAGAGACUGGAAGAGAUAACGCAGAGAAAAACUCACUCUGACAAUCAAUCUUCUCUAACUAAACGCCUAAAAGAUUCCUUAAGAUGUACAGUACCCAAACUGAAACACAGCGUGAUGAGCAGCUUGCCGGUGUUGUACUGGCUGCCCAAAUACUCAGUCUGGGACUAUGGCAUGCCAGACCUCAUCUCCGGCAUCAGUGUGGGCAUAAUGCACCUGCCCCAAGGUUUGGCAUAUGCGAUGUUGGCUUCCGUACCUCCUGUAUUUGGGCUGUACUCGUCCCUCUAUCCAGCAUUGAUCUACUUCUUUUUUGGAACAUCACGUCAUAUCUCUAUCGGGACAUUUACUGUGCUCAGCAUCAUGGUGGGCAGUGUGACAGAGAGACUUGCUCCAGAUGUGAAUUUCCUCAUACAAAAUGGGACCAACGUCACUGCAGAGGUGAACAUAACUGCCAGGGACUCAUACAGGGUGCAGGUAGCGGUUGCUACUACGGUCCUAGGAGGACUAAUUCAGGUGGCUCUGGGUUUGGUGAAGUUUGGAUUUGUGGGAACGUAUUUGUCCGAGCCUCUGGUGCGGGCUUACACAACGGCUGCUUCAGCUCAUGCUGUGGUGGCACAACUGAAGUACAUCUUUGGAGUCUCACCAACACGGUUUAGUGGUCCCUUUUCAAUGGUGUAUACUCUGAAGGAUGUUUGCUCCUUGCUGCCUUACACUCAUCUUCCCACACUGGUGGUCAGCGCUGUGUCCAUGGUGUUUUUGAUUGCAGCGAAGGAGCUCAACUCUUUCAUCAGUCCAAAGCUGCCAGUGCCGAUCCCAGUGGAGCUCAUCACAAUUGUGGCGGGGACAUUGAUAUCAGCCUAUACCCACUUGAACAGAAACUACACUAUUUCAGUUGUUGGAGAAAUUCCUAGUGGUCUAAGUCCUCCCAGUGUUCCAGAUGCAAGUCUCUUUGGAGAGGUUAUUGGAGAUGCUUUUGCAUUGGCCAUGGUUGGAUAUGCCAUAUCUAUUUCACUUGGCAAAACAUUUGCACUGAAACAUGGAUACAAGGUUGAUAGCAACCAGGAGCUGGUGGCGCUGGGUCUCAGUAAUGCGGUGGGAGGAUUCUUCCAGUGCUUCUCCGUCUGCUCCUCUAUGUCUCGAAGUCUGAUUCAAGAAACCACCGGAGGGAAAACUCAAAUGGCCGCCGUUGCCUCGUCUCUAAUUGUGUUGGUGACUAUACUGAAACUUGGACCCUUGUUCCAGGAGCUGCCAAAGGCUGUCCUUGCAGCGAUUGUCUUUGUAAACCUAAAGGGCAUGUUCAAGCAGCACUCGGACAUUGUUACACUGUGGAAACGCAGCAAGAUCGAUCUGAUGGUGUGGUUGGUCACUUGGGUGUCAACACUGCUGCUCAAUCUGGAUCUGGGUCUGGUAGCAUCCAUCCUCUUUGCUCUGCUGACUGUCAUUUUCAGAACUCAGAUGCCAACAUACUCUGUUCUGGGAAACGUUCCAGGUACAGAACUGUAUGUGGAUAUAGAGACCCACAGAGAGGCGAGAGAUGUUCCUGGUGUUACUAUAUUUCGCUCCUCUGCUACAGUUUAUUUUGCCAAUGCUGAUCUGUACAUCGAGGCUCUGAAAGAAAAGAGUGGACUUGACAUCAGUAAAAUGAUUAUCUAUAAGAAGAGGCAGGAGGCCAAACAGAGACGUAGAGAAAGGAGGGCCGAGAGGCGGGCAAAAAGGCAAGCCAAAAAAGAGAGACGGGCAGCACAGAGGGCAGCCAAACAUCUAUCUGGAGCGCCGGUGUUCUCUGUGGAGGAAGAGGCCGGCAGCUGGAGAAACACCUGUGUGGACGGGGAUGUUACUGACAGAGAGCAGCAGGGCUGCACUGAGAGGGAGAACGGGACAGUGUUCAUCAUCCCAACUACUCCUCGAACCCCCGACAGAUGGGAGUACCUGAAGGGAGGAGAACCAGACUGCACCAGCUUAGGGUCCAUCUCCGAGCUGCAGGAGGGGGACACCACCACCCUGGACUCCAGCAGCGAUGACACGCUCAGCCGCGAUCUGGAGCGUAUCUCUCUUGGGUCACUGGGCAAGUGGAGCUGGGAUAUUCACUCAAUCAUUAUCGACCUCUCCACAGCUAACUUCAUUGACAUAGUGGCAAUCAAGACUAUCAAAAAUAUUAUCCAUGACUUCAGUGAGAUUGAUGUAGAUAUCUACAUUGCUUGUUGUCAAGCCCCUGUGGUGGAACAAUUAGAGCUUGGUGACUUCUUCUCUGAGACGAUUACAAAGAGAAGUCUUUUUGUCUCUGUUCAUGAUGCUGUGCUCUACUGUCUGAACCACCGCGGAGCCACAUCUAUCCCCAGAUACGAGCCAUCAGUGGAUACAUACGAUGGCACAAAACUUUAAGGGCUUUUAACCAGAGGACAUCCAGCGCUGAAGAUGGAAAGAAAUGUCUCAACGUGGGGGGGCAGUCAAAAUCUUUUAUGGAAUUGUAUUUAUAAAGUAAUGAUGGACAAUUGUUGUGUUAUAUUUAUACAUCUUAUCUUUCAAGUAGGAAAACUGAUGACACAUGAUCUUUUAUUGAGUUUUUAUUCAAUGUGGAAGAGAGAUAGAGUGCAUUGUAGAGAAAAAAUAAAUAAAAUCCAUGAAACACCCAAAC